UUGAAAGCAAUCGAAAAUGGCGAACACGGCUCAUUUGAUGAGACGGCAGAGUUCCCGGGAUUUGUAUGCUCAGCGUUCAUUGGACCGAAUGGAAAUGAAGGAGUUGAGGGGUCGUCUGGUGACAAUGGAGAAUGGUCACCCGAUACAUCGAACUCAUGUUAUGUACGGUGCAACGAAUCAGGCCUUUGAAGAUACAAGUCCUAACAGACGCUCCUCUGAAACUCCCACAAGUAAGGCCAGUUCCGGAGACGAUAGAGGUGGAUUUAAGCCAGAGGGUGUUGAAAUAGAACGUGAAUCUUGGGACAGCAAGUUGACAUUCCUCCUCGCAACUGUUGGAUACGCAGUCGGGUUAGGUAACGUGUGGAGAUUCCCAUAUUUGGCACAAAAAAAUGGAGGUGGAGCAUUUUUGAUCCCUUACUUUGUGAUGUUAGCUAUUGAGGGAAUACCGAUUUUUUAUCUGGAACUGGCCAUUGGUCAACGUUUGAGAAAGGGUGCAAUUGGUGUCUGGCACCAAGUAUCUCCAUAUUUGGGCGGAAUCGGCAUCAGUUCAGCGGUGGUGUCAUUCAACGUGGCGUUGUAUUACAAUUCGAUAAUCGCAUGGUGUUUGUUCUACUUCGCGCAGAGCUUCCAGGCCGAGUUGCCGUGGUCUGAAUGCCCUAAAAAGUAUUUUAGCAACGGAUCCUACACCACUGAACCGGAAUGCGCUGUUAGCAGUCCGACCCAGUACUUUUGGUAUAGAACCACUCUUCAGAUAUCCGAAGACAUCAACUACCCAGAGACCUUCAAUUACAAAAUCGCGCUGGCUCUGAUCAUCGCCUGGAUAUUAGUCUAUAUGUGCAUGAUCAAGGGCAUAGCUUCUUCCGGAAAGGUGGUAUACGUCACCGCUACAUUCCCUUACAUCGUCCUUGUAAUAUUUUUCUUCAGAGGAAUCACUUUAAAGGGCAUGGGUGAUGGACUAAUUCAUCUGUUCACCCCGAAAUGGCAUAAGAUAUUGGAUCCAGUAGUUUGGCUCGAGGCUGGUACACAAAUAUUUUUUUCACUCGGCUUGGCAUUCGGAGGACUCAUCGCUUUCAGUUCUUAUAAUCCAGUCGACAAUAAUUGCUACAGAGAUGCAAUUAUGGUAUCUAUGACGAACUGUCUAACGUCCAUGUUCGCUGGGAUUGUGGUAUUCUCAAUAAUUGGAUUUAAAGCCACAAUGGUUUAUGAGAAUUGCCUGCGUUUAAGAAAUGACACAUUACUAGAAGUCUUUGGACCUGCUUACAAGUCGAUGAUAUUUCCUGAAUCUGGUCAAAGUUUUUCUGUGGAUUUAAAUGGAAAUUUAACAAAUUUAGUCAUGCCAAAUUUACCGGAAUGUGAUUUACAAAAGGAACUAGAUAAUACAGCUUCAGGUACGGGACUCGCAUUCAUCAUAUUCACCGAAGCAAUAAAUCAAUUUCCAGGCGCUCAAUUUUGGUCAGUUCUUUUCUUCCUGAUGCUCUUUACUCUUGGUAUUGAUUCACAAUUCGGAACUUUGGAAGGCGUUGUCACUUCCAUCGUAGACAUGAAGCUAUUCCCAAAUCUUCGGAAGGAGUACCUCACAGGAGGAAUAUGUCUCGUCUGCUGUUUAUUAUCAAUGGCAUUUGCUCAUGGCGCCGGAAGCUACAUCUUCCUUCUUUUCGACAUGUAUAGUGGUAACAUUCCACUGUUGAUUAUCGCCUUUUGCGAAUGUGUGGGCAUAGCAUAUGUAUAUGGAGUUAAAAGAUUUGCUGAUGAUAUCGAAUUGAUGACCGGCCAGCGUCCAGGGAUAUAUUGGUUAAUUUGCUGGAAGUAUUUAUCACCUUUAGCUAUGCUUUCUAUACUUAUAUCCUCAUUCGUUGAGCUGGCUAUGGAAGGCUCGGGGUAUGAUGCCUGGAUAAGCUCUGAAGGAGACACAGUUCGAAAACCUUGGCCAAUUUGGGCAAUUCUGUUGGUGCUGGUCCUUAUAUUGGCUUCAGUGCUUUGGAUUCCUGGAUUGGCAAUUUGCAGAUAUUUCGGUAUACCAAUAAUAGAUGAUGAGGAACGUGCUUGGUUCCCGGCUGAAGAUCUGCGUGAUUUUCACGGGAUAGAACCUAGACCAGUUUCCACCAUCGAGACUUUGCUGUUCUGUACCAGACCUGAUGGUACCGAAGGUUGCUGCUGGCCAGGAUGCUGUGAGACAGAUGAUGAAGAGUAAAUCAUGAAAUGGUGAUCAGUUGACUAGAUCUGUUAAUACCAACAUAUCGAAAUGGAAUAUCAUUUUUUCGACAGCUUGUAUUUUUGAUUUUAUA